GGUCCGUGCCUCCCGCGCAGCUCUCCGGCAUCAUGAAGGUCGAGUUUGCCCCCAUCAAUAUUCCCCUAAAGAGGAGGAUCCAGACAGUCGCCGUGCUGCAGUGGAUUUUCUCCUUCCUCCUGCUGGCAGAGUUUUGCUGCGGAUUCUUCGUGAUCCUGAUCCUGGGCAACUUCUGGUUCCUUGCUGUUCUGUACCUGCUGUGGCUCUACCUGGACUGGGAAACACCAUGUGCUGGGGGCAGACGGUCCCAGUGGGUCAGAGGCUGGACUGUCUGGAAGUACUUCAGGGAAUAUUUUCCCAUUCACCUUAUAAAAACUUCAGAACUGAACCCAAAUCACAACUACUUACUUGGCUUUCACCCUCAUGGGGUCCUGGUAGCUGGAGCCUUUGGAAACUUUUGCACCGAUCCUCCUUUCAAAAAUUUAUUUCCUGGGCUUACUCCAUAUCUUCAUAUCAUGCCCAUCUGGUUUGGCUGUCCCUUCUUCAGAGAAUACAUAAUGAGUGCUGGAAUGGUUUCUGCAUCCAAGGAAAGUGUCUCACAUGUGCUGAGCAAUAAAGGAGGUGGCCAUGCAUCCGUCAUUGUGAUUGGAGGAGCAGAGGAAUCUCUGAAUGCACAUCCUGGAAGUCUGACCUUGAACAUCCUCAAGAGGAAGGGCUUUAUUAAAAUGGCCCUGAAACAUGGGGCUCAUCUGGUCCCAGUGUUUUCCUUUGGUGAAAAUGAACUGUUCAAGCAAGUUGCAAACCCCAAAGGUUCAUGGCUCAGGAAUGUACAGGAGAAAUUACAAAAGAUAAUGGGCUUUGCUUUACCACUAUUUCAUGCUAGAGGAGUGUUCCAAUACAGUUUUGGAUUAAUACCUUACAGGCAACCUAUUCAUACAGUUGUGGGAAGCCCCAUCCCUGUAAAACAGAACUUGAACCCCACCACUGAAGAGAUUGAUGAGCUACAUGCAUUGUAUCUACAGAAACUAAAGAAAUUAUUUGAAGAACACAAAAGCAAUUAUGGCAUCCCUGCACAUAAAUCUCUCAUCUUCGAGUAGCAAAUUACAAUUUGUAAUUCUGAAUCUCAUGCAAAGAAACAGUGUCUGCUGAAAGAUGUCUUUCUUGCAAUCCAUAUUUUGCAAUCUGUAAUUAUCCUUAUGUAAGGAAAACUUUUAAGAAGGGAUUAUUAGAUGAUUUAUUGAUUUUUAUCUUAUUCUUGGGCGGUGGGAUCAUUGGGAUGUAAGCCUCGAAUCCAGUGCUGUUUUGAGUUGCCCUUUUAGGUUCAUGUGUGCCAGAAAUGCAAGUGAGAGACUCCACUCAGGUGUUCUUACCACCAUGGUACCUACCCACAGCUUGAGCACAGGAAAUUGCCAUAGCAUGAGAUCAGUAGCAGAAGUAUAAACCCAAGAAGUCUUUGAUUAGAGGUUGAUUUACCAGCACUUAUCAAACAUGACAUCAGGUUGUUCUCUGAACAUCAGAAACCCUGCUGCUCUUCCACAGGAAUGAAGGUUUAUGUUUUCAGCAGAUGACUACUAAAAACCAUUUGCAUGAGAAUUCAAGAAUAAAUAGGAGCCUUCAGCCCUGAAUAGGAUAUUGGCAAAAAUGGUUUGUCCAAGUCAUGGAGCAGAGCAAACUUUCUGUUUGGAGAAGAGUGUGUUGAAAUUUUUGUGUGCAUGUGUAUGCUGGAUGUUGGGAAGCACUGAAUGAUGUGACUUUUCUGGACAAUCUGUGCUCUGGAUCAUAAGUUUGGAAGAUGAAGCAGCUUUGGUAGUUUCAGCCUCAGAAGAGAUGGCAGGCACAGGACAGGAGAAGUGAGGGAAUCAUGUGAACUCUUCAUCCUGUGCAAGUUAAAAAUGAUCCUAUGUCAAGCACUUGCACAGAAGGAAAGGGAGCCUAAUUUGUUCAGUUCUGAAAUUUCCCCAAGGAAAGUGUACUAGAUAAUGCCUUUUUUUCCCCACUGACAGAUGUGGGGAAGUAUGUGUUAAGCUGGUGCUGCAGGGUGACACAGCUGCAGUGCCAAGGCAGUGUGAGCAUAGGUCUAGGGUGCAGCAAGUUAAGAGGAUGCAUUAUAAAUAAAGCAGGUGCCUGACUUUGAGAAAAGGUUUAUCCUAAAUGUGGAUAUCCACUACAGGAAAGGAAAAAAUCUUAGCCAAACUAUUUUUCAGUGAAAAUGCCUAGGUCUUGGAGAUUAUUGUGUAUGUAUGGAAAGAAUUGUAAUAUAUUACUGCAUUUUUAUGAGAUAAGUUCUUGUAUUUGUACGUGCUUUCUGUCUGCCUACAGACUUUGCAGAUUUGAUGUUAGUGAAGACUUUGCUCUGCUUUAAGCAGUUUUGGUGCCUGAAUAUUAUAUCAGUUAGGUGCUCUGACAGGUCAUGCGUGGGCUUGUCAGGCAGCCUGGUCAUCUUCAGUUGGCUCAGUUGAGCACUGAAGUGCUCCAGGAGCAGCAGCAUUGGAUACAUCAUGUAUUUGAUGGGCUGGAGGCUCUUAGAAGAAACACAGCUGGGGCUUUGAGAACAAGGUAGAACUCUGGAAAGAGAACAUCUCAGCAAGAUGAAGGUGUUUAAAGAAAAGAGUGGAAGUUACUUCCAUGCAAUGAACUCCAACUGAACCAACGCCCCAAAGCCAAACAAGUACUUGCCAGACAGAAUAGAUUUAUGUUCUCCAAAAAACCCUCCAGCAACAAAUUGGUUCCCUAAAGAGGGCUCUUCCUUCUAGUGCCUGUUUGUCAUCCGGAUGUAAACAACACUGAGCCAACACUGAGUCGUGCUCUCAUUUUCUCUACAAUGACACAACCAUUCUGGGAGCAGGGCUGGAAUUUGCAGUGCCUGAAGGAGCACCUCUUCCCUGACAGCCUGCUGUCAAUGUGUCCAGAAUUCACCUCUACCUGAGCUUUCCUGGUGCCACAUGUGCUUGCCCUUCCUUCCCAUGCCUUUGCUGAUCACUCAUGAUCACUGUGGUGUGACCUUGCUUCCUCACUUUCUGCCCACCCUUCCCUGGGUUGAGCUCUCCAUUCUUUAUUGCAUGGAAAAUACUGAGUGGUGGCUCAUCAUUCAGCAAAAAUGGGGUUUAGGAGCAGGGUUUGAGAAAAGGAAGCACUGUGUCUGUGUAUGUUUGGCACCCAGCUUAAGAUCAGGACUGUUUCACCUCUGGAAAGAGCAUGUUUCUAGGGAGGUCAGACAUGGCAGGUUUGUUACCGGGGAAGAGGUCUCAGGGUCCUGAGGAUUGUGCAAAGUGAUGAUCCUUGAGCAGUUGCUUUUUCUUAACCAGCUAUGUGAAAUUUCCUUUGGAUGUGACUCUUUGUUGCCUACCCUAUGAGUAGUGAGGAUUAUUCAUGAAAGAAGAAUUUGGAAUCUAUGUCAGACUGUUCUCUCCUAGAUCACCUGCUCUAAUGAGAUAUUUCCUCUCAUUCUCAGCCUGUUCUUUUUCCAUUACCUUAAUGAUACAGAAGAUCAGGCUGUAAAUUUAAAAAUAUUGGCAUUAGGUUGAAUAUGGAAAGUAACAAUGCUUUUUUGUUGUUAUUGUUGUUGAUUGAAUUAAUCAAAACUUCUAGGGAAUAUGUGGAUACUGAUUCUGGGACAAUAUCUGGUCCAAAGGGUACCCUAUAAACAGGCUUUCCUCUAAAUUCUGUAAGGAAAUUAUCUGUGGGCUCUUUGUACCAUCUGUAACUGGCUCAGGUAGGACAAGUAGGGAUUGUGUUGCUAUGGCUACUAAUAUUGUCAUUGCUGUAUAACAAUGGAGAUGGUAAAAAGCCCAAAAACUAAAAAACCCAACAAAAAAUAACAAACCAACAAAAUCUCCAAACAACUCAAAUAGUCAUUGUUGCUCAGUUACCACUACAUAUUGUUUAUGAUGGUCCUUCCAAACUACCUUUUAUUGACCAAUUGUCUAUUGUACCCAGGACUAUUUUAAAAUAGAACUUCUGUCUCUAAACAUGAUAGACAUGAUGUCAUCUAAAAUAUUUACCUCUGUGUUAGUGUGUGGAUCUGUACAGCAGCCCUGCAAUCCUGAGCCUAAAGGUCAGAGCCCUGGCAGCCGCAGACCCGUUUUGGCUACCACAGGCACCAAUCCCAGCACUGCUGCAGGCACAAGGAGCAAGAGUCUUCAGCGGGAGUUCAUGCUGGACAAAGCAAGAGCAAGGAGCUGGCAGGAAUGGUGACACAGCCUCCCCCAGCUGCAACUGGAAGAGCUGGGCAGCACUCACAUUCCUGGGGGGAUGCCACACUGCCUGGGGCCUGCUUUGUGGGGUUUCUCUUUGUGCCUUUUAAUGCCACAGGAAUCCCAGGGAAGGCAGCCAUCCGUCAGCAGGAGAAGCUGUGCCUCUAAGCCCUGCCAGCACUGCCUCCCUGACACGCUCCUGUCUGUUCCCUCGUGUGGGAGUGAACACCUCUGUGCCAAAUUCCUGACAGAAAGUCAAUCCUCGAGUAUUUUUACUUUGUGAACUGCACAGCAGAGUUUACACUUUGUAACUUUUUAUGGUGCCUGUAAAAUAUGAAUAUCAGUUGUUUCAAUGAUAGCUGUGGC